AUGGCUAGUCCUCCCGUGCUAGCUUUCGAUACUGAGGGACGUCCAGUGAAAUUUGACACCUGGCUAGAUGACCUGCACCUUUUCCUACAGCUCACUGCCAAGGAAGACAUCUCACUGUACGAUCACGCCCUAGGCCAUGCCCCUGCGCCUGCUGCUACUGCCGACAGCUCUACCCGCUCACAGUGGCAGACUCGUGACGCCCACGCUCGCUUUGCUAUUCGCAACUCCCUGCCGCUAGAAGAGCGCGAGCACUUUGGCCAGCACAAGACUGCACAGGACCUGUACAAAGCUGUCGUUGCCCGCUACUCCUCGCCUGCCUCUGCCGCUCUAGGCCGUCUCUCGCUUCCCUACCUGUUCCCCGACCUGUCCUCUUUCCACACAGUCGCUGACCUCAUCACCCACCUCCGUACUAGUGAGGCCCGCUUCCGUGCUGCCAUGCCCGCCGAGUUCCUUGCCAAGAACCCUCCCCCGCUCUGGCUCACUCUCUACCACCUAGUCACCCGCCUCCCUGACUCUCUGCGUGCAGUCAGGGAUUCCUUCCUAGCUCGCUGCCCUACUGAGCUCACCAUUGCCCUCCUCGAGAAGGAACUACUUGCAGCUGAGGCUAGCAUAGUCGCUGUAGGUGCCUCUCGUGGCGACCCCCGCACCCCGUUCUUUGAGGGGUGUUCUCCUUCCCCCCUUCUUCCCUCUGUCGCCUCUGCUGCUGCUGUCGACCUCCUUGGUGCUGAGAAGGUCGGGACUGCGUCUGCUUCGAGCGGACGCCGCAGCGGCAAGGGCAAAGGGGGCAAGGGAGGCGGAGGUCACAGUGGGGGAGGAGGUGGUGGGGGCGGUGGUGGCGGUGGGGGUGGUGGCGGGGCUGGAGGGGUGAGUGGUGGCGGUGGGGGGGUGGCGGUAGCGGCGGGGGAGGUGGCAGAGGCGGGGGCGGUGGUGGGGGUGGCGGUGGACGUGGAGGCGGCACGGGUUGGGGUGGUCGAGGAGGUGGGAGCGGAGGUGGUGGUCGUGGAGGCGCUGGCGGUGGCCAGAGCCAGCAGCACACUCCGUCGCUCCAGGAGGCCCGUGAGUGGUACUCUCAGCACGGGGGGGGGGGGGGGGGGUGGGCUUAGCUGCACGUACGUCAUCCGCACUGGUGACCGCGCUGGUCAGACGUGUGGGAGGGCCCACACCGCGCAGCGCUGCUUCUCUCGUCUCGACGACGCUUGGCGUGUUCAGUUCCCUCAGGCCUCUGAGCUGCCCCGCUGGAUUGAUCUCCUGAAGAAGGGGAUUGAUAUCUAUGCUCUAGACUUUGAUGCUAUUCUCACUGCCAUGUAUGUGAUGUCUACUAGUGGAGAGGGUGCCGAGUACCUGUGUGUUCCGCCCGACCCGGGCAUUAGGACCAGUGAGUCUGCCGCUUCAGGUCCGCGCGUGUCUGCUACCUCAGGUGCUGGUACGGCUGCUGCUCUAGGUGCUUGUGCGUCUGCGCCCACUGGUACUGAGUCGACUGCAGCACUGCACACCUUCACACUGGACUCAGGUGCUUCUCGUUGUUUCUUUCGUGACCGCACUGCCCUUGAGCCACUUGCUCGGCCAGUUGCUGUCUCCCUCGCUGACCCCUCCGGGGGACCAGUCGUGGCGACCUCCUCCACUGUCCUUCCCUGUCCUGCGGUCCCGUCGGGCACACUGUCCGUUCACCCCGGCCUACGAGCGCGUGACGCACUGCACGUGUGCCCGUACGGGCCGCCACUUGGCUACCUUCACUCGGCAGCCGGGGUCGGACCUGUACACACUGACCACUGA